AUGCUGAUGUUUCACUUGAUAAGCUUGUCCUGCUUCUCUUCGAUAUUGCUGCUGCCUUCCCCUCUCUGGGGAGGCAAUGGCUCUUCCCUCAACCAGUUCCAGUUGGAGUUGGGUUUUGUCAAUGCUGUCGCUGCUCUGUACGACCAUGCGAUGGGCUUCGCCAUUCUCGAUGGCCAAUGCUACUUUGUCUGCCCCUUGGCAUCUGGAGUAGCCCAAGGCUGCCCCCUGUCUGGCACCACCUGGGCCAUUGCGAUGGAUGUCCUUAUCAGAGCUGUCAGUGUUGUGAUGCCCAACCCCAACGGCGGUAACGCGGGCGCCCGUGCCGAUGAUCUCGGUCCUUACCUUCAACGCAUGGCUCUCAUGGUUCCGCUGGCUGACGUUUUUAAUCAAGCUGCGGUGCUCGGGGAUCUUCAUCUCAAUGUCAAGAAAUGUGUCAUCAUACCCUUGUGGGCGAAGCUGACCGACGCGAUCCGCGACGACGUGGCCGCCUUCCUCCAGGGCCACCUUCCCGACUGGGUCCCUCUCAAGAUUGCGGCUGAAGGUCUGUCUCUUGGGGUGCAUGUGGGCCCUGUUGCGGACAACGAUCUACAAUGGGCUGCUGCUGGAUCCAAGUGGUGGCAGAACGCGGUGGUCGUUGGCAGUGCGACAGCUCCCACAGACGCCAAUGCGAGGCUCUAUCAGACGUCGGCGAUCACCGUCCUCGGCUACCAGGCGCAGUUCUUUGAUCUCCCACCGCAGCCCAAGCGAAAGGAUAUCCAUGCAGUUCACAAAGUUCUUCGAAUGCCUCCCAGCACCCUUCGCCUCAAAGAUGUCCACUCGCUCAACAACUGGAUGCCUGGCAUUGCGCCGCGCUCCAUGCUCACGUACUCGCUUGGUGCUCAAUGGCGGGCCGCUCACUUUACUUUCCACCUGGUGCAGCCCCUGUUUCAGGAGUUCUUCGAGAUGGCCCAAGCUGCUUGCGGACUCCCUGCGUUCGUGACGAACAAAUGGUCGCCUGUCUUCUGGAAGGAACCGCAGGCGACUGCCCAGCGCCUCAACGAGAUGAGGCAGGGCCGUCCCGCCCAAGUUCCAGCCCAUCGCCACUAUGAUCUUCUUCGCGCUGUGGUCAUUGCUCACCGGGCCGUGCGGGACGCCGUCGAAGCUGGCUCCAAACCCAAGCCGCAGCGAGCAUUCAUCUCGGCCCGGACCUCCCACUGGAUGAAGGGCGAUUUCCAGGUCACCAUCGCCGAGCGGCUCGCGUCCUGGUAUGGGGUUGCCAUCGUUCCGCACGACCUGAAGCUGCGUUGGACCACCCUCAAAAGCUGCCUGGUGACGCUAGCUCCUUCAUGGCGGUGGAUCACCUUGCGGACUCUCGCGGGUGGAUGGCACGCGAGCUCUCGCAUGCAUGUGACACCCGAUGUGGAUCAGUGCCGUCUUGGAUGCCUCCAGCAGCCAGAGCCAGACGCGAUCGCCCACUACCUGGUCUGUGACCGUCUGCAACAUCCGGCAUGCCUGCCACGUACCUUCUCGCAUGCCUCUGUGUUGGAGCGCCUGGGGCUGGGACAUCACUAUGCUGAGCACGGGGAACUCGUUGUCGAUGACUAUCCAGCGCCUCGUCCUCUCGUACUACACGCACCUCGAGGUGAAGACCCAGGGCGCGAACGACUACGCCUACAAGCACCACUAGUGCGCGCAGCUGGCCGCCCUCGACCGCCUCAACUUCACGAAGUAGCCCGCUGA